AUGUCAAGGCCAUCCACUACACAGUUGCUUUGCUGUAUUCGUGAGAAUUUGGAGGAAUAUUUCAACCGUAUCCCUUUGUCAGUUAGCCAAAGUACUGUCUUGGAGCAAUUCGAUACCCUUGUCGCUGCAGGUUUGUACCAUUCUACGGAGCAACCUAUAUUUUCACUUCCAGAAAAAGACGCGACAAACAGUUGUGCGUUUCUUUCCCUUGGAAUUUGCGAUCGACUUCUACACGAUCAAGAAACUUUGCAGCAGAAUGCGUUGGAAAAAGUUCGCGAAAUAGCCGAGGAUGUAAUAUGUAAUCUUCCUUAUAAUGUAAAUAAGCAUCGAAAUGUUGACCAAUUUUAUGACGUCGCAGAAGCUUAUUCCGUUAUGUCAGAUAACGGCAUGCUUUCGAAAAAGUACGAAAUUUUUGAGUCAUGCGUUUCAGCCAAUACCGUAUUUUCAUCGGGCGGAAGGGAUGAGUUGAUGGCCGCCUUAACCUCAAAGAUUGCCCAAGGGAAAACGUCGGUCGGAAUCUACACCUGUAGUCCAUACAUUUUCACGAUUGGGGUUUGCAAUGAUGCUCUUCUUGUCGUCGACACACACCCAGUAAACCACGAGCUUGGAGGAAAUGGCAAUGGUCUUUUGCUGAUGACUCCCGAUUUAAGCCCUCGGUCGUGUAAAAUGGUUGUUCAGUGGAUUAUAAAGCGUUUGAAAAUGGCUGGAAUAGAAGAAAACAUGAGACAAAGCAUGACCUGGCUGAAUCCGUAUAAAGGUUGGUUUUCUAUACACACUUUCGUUGAUUAUGUCAUAUUAUACUUAUCAGUUAUCUGGUCCACUGACUUACAGUAG